CCCGCGCCUCCCACGGCCCCCUCCGGCCCAACCCGCCAAGUUCCAAGAGCUCCCAGUCGAGCGUGCGCCGGCAACCAGCACUGCCCUGGCAGCACACGAGCCAGCCUGCGGCGCGCCCUGGAGAGGUUCCUGAGAUACCCACGGCUCUGGGACUUUGAAAGGGCAGUUGAGGAGCCCCGAGCGCACAAGUGAUCGAGCCAAGCGCUCCUCCCGGCACCUGUUCGCCCGGCGCCACCGCCACCCGGGUCCCCACCUCUCCGAUCCUCGCCUCCCAGGCUCCGGAGUGCUCCCGGAAUGAAUUCAGCGCUGGGCAACCAGACCGACGUGGCCGGCCUGUUCCUGGCCAACAGUAGCGAUGCUCUGGAGCGCGCGGUGCGCUGCUGUACACAGGCGUCGGUGGUGACCGACGAUGGCUUCGCCGAGGGCGGCCCCGACGAGCGCAGCCUCUACAUCAUGCGCGUGGUGCAGAUAGCAGUCAUGUGCGUGCUCUCGCUCACUGUGGUCUUCGGCAUCUUCUUCCUCGGAUGCAACCUGCUCAUCAAGUCCGAAGGCAUGAUCAACUUCCUGGUGAAGGACCGGAGGCCGUCUAAAGAGGUCGAGGCGGUGGUCGUGGGGCCCUACUGAGUGGCCCUCGGGUCGCCCACAGCGUGUGCCCCCAGCACCUCCGGGACUCCGCCAGCCGCGAUGCACCCCUCACCAUCACGGACCGAGCAAAGCAAACCUGUCGGAGUCAGUUUUUUUUCUCUCUUGACUUCUGCCUUUUGGGGAAAAGUGACCGAUUUCUGAUGGCUCUCCGAAAGGCCCCGAGCAAGACUCGAGUGGAGGAGCGCCCAGACUUCGGGACUCAGCAGCAGGUGGCAAAAGAGGGCGAUUAGGGACCAGAACUUUGGGAGUGGCUGCUGGGUUGGGAUGCGGGGAGAUGGACCUGGGGAAGGCCCCUUUCCACCUGCAGAUGGGCCUGGCACUGGGGACAGCUGGAGAGGCAGACAAAGGCGGGGUGUGGGCGUGGGUGGGUAUCCAGAGGCACCAGUAGCCCGGUGACGGGAGAAGUGACCUGUUUAUACACCACGCUGAAGAUCUAAUGGGAACAUAGAUGCCUGUGGGCUUUGCGUCCUGCUAGGAGAGUGGAACUUUGAUCGAUAGUAACCUGUGGUUUUAAGGGGUUUGUGUUAGUUUGCUUGAAUACAAAUAUUUGAUAAGUCUUUUAUGCCCUAGUGGCCUGUUUGCCUGCCUGCGGGUUAGAGUUUUUGUCAUCCUGGGAGAAGGGUGGGGGGAGGGGAGCCUGAGACUGUGAAUAGGGUCCAGUGCUUUCUUUUAGUGCGUUUCCUGCCGGGUCUCUUGGAGAGGCUAGCGCUCCAGCUCAGCCCGGGCCGGAGAUGCGCAGUAGAAUUCUUAGCUCGUGUCUGCACGGUUUUCGCCACAAAAGUGCUCUUGAUAUCCGUGACACCGUUUGACUUUUUUCUUAUUUAACAUUUCCUUAAUAAAUGCAACAUUUAAGUGUUUUGUUUCUGGCCUCCUGGUAGUCACUCU